GAGACGCAGGCAAACACGACUGCAAAAGAUAUCUAUUUUGUGCUAAUUAUUUUACAAUUUUCUACAUCAAAAAUACAAUUAUUUAUACAAAAUAAACAUUUUAUACAUAAAUUUUUAUAAUUAGUUUUAAGACCCAGUGGUGCCUUAAAAGUUUGAGUGUUUUUUUUUUUACUUCAAAACGGAUUUAGUGCUAAAAAAAAAAAGUUAACCAUUUUAGGUGCUAUGGCUGUAAUUUAGUUUUAAAUUGUUUUUUAAUUUUUUUUUAAAAUCAAAUUAUUAAUUUAAUAUAAUCUGUGAAAAUGUUGUCCGGUGGACAUUUAGUUGGGGAUGGGUCAUGGGUUUUACAAGUGUUUGUCACGGAUUUACAAUUCGAAAAAUCAAUUCGUGUCAAAGGCGAUUUACAUAUUGGUGGUGUUAUGUUAGCUUUGGUGGAGGAUAUUGGUAUAACAAUGGAUUGGUCAGAUCAUGCAUUAUGGUGGCCAGCACGUAACAUGUGGCUAACACGUACUCGAUCAACGCUAGAUCAAUGUGGAUUAUCAGCGGACGCAUUACUACAUUUUACUCCCAUGCACAAAACAUUACGUGUACAAUUACCAGAUUUACGUUAUUUAGAUUGUAAAGUUGAUUUCUCUAUAAAAACAUUUAACACAGUCAUACAUUUAUGUAAGGAAUUAGGAAUACGACAUCCCGAAGAGUUAUCGUUAAGUAAACCGUUAGAAUCGACACAUUUAAAACAUAAUUUAAAAGAGAAUUUAGCAAAGAAGAAAUUACAUACUGGGUCUGGACCUACGGAUCAAAAUGGUACGAUACGUAAUGGGGUACAUCCGUAUCCUCCGCCGGAUACAAAUACAUUUAUUGCAACAGCAUCAAGUCCGCAUGGAAGUAAUGGCAGUUUGGAUAAGUCACCGUUCAUGUGUGCACCCGUUUCACAUAAACCUACAACCACGUCCAGUCCGAUUAGUUCACCGCAGAAUAACACAUGGAAACGACAAAAUGGCAAUACAACAUUCGAUUCAACGAUCAAUAACAGCGACACAAUUUUGGAUUUAUCAAAUUUAAGUGGCGAUUUAUCAUUGGCCUCCAGUCCGGUAACACCAAGUCAAGAAGCACGCAACAAACUUGUCAGACCUAAAUCGUUAGUGGAAAAAGCGCGUAUGAAUAUGGCAUGGUUAGAUUCCUCGUUAUCGAUAAUGGAACAAGGUGUCCGUGAAUACGACACACUAUGCUUACGAUUUAAAUUCUAUUCAUUCUACGAUUUAAAUCCAAAAUAUGAUGCAGUUCGAAUUAAUCAGCUGUACGAACAAGCUAAAUGGCAAUUAUUAAAUGAGGAAAUCGAUUGUACGGAAGAGGAAAUGCUAAUGUUUGCAGCAUUACAAGUACAAGUGAACUUACAAGCUGGUGUUCCACAGCCAGCGCUCGAUAAUUCUAAUAUAUCAACAACACAAUCGCCAGCCGAUGAUGAUAUUGAUGCUGCUUUAACGGAUCUACAAGUUGCGCUGGAAGGUUCUCAUAUAAACAGUAGUGGUAAUGAUAUUACCCAAGUUCCAGAAUUGUUCGAUAAUCUACGUUUUCUAAAACCAAAACGUUUCACAUUGAAAGCGUUCAAACGUUAUUGGUUCACAUGCCGAGAAUUACAUCUGGUGCUUUACAAAACACGUGAAGAAGCUGUCGCACAAGUAAAACCUGCACACUAUAUUGAUUUACGUGGCUGUGAAGUAACACCCGACGUAAGUUUAGCCCAAUCUAAGUACGGUAUUAAAUUAGAGGUACCAAGUGCGGAUGGUAUGAGUGAACUGUGGAUACGUUGCGAUACCGAAGAACAGUAUGCAAAAUGGUUGGCAGCAUGUCGUCUAGCAGCCAAAGGUCGAUCGUUAGCUGACAGUUCAUAUGAGACAGAAGUGAAAAAUAUCAUUGCAUUCUUACAAAUGCAACAUCCGGCGGAUGUGCCUGCUAUUAAUCCAGCAUCGUUGGAUAUUCAACCGGAAGAUUAUGUAGCACCGAGAUUUAGUAAAAAAUUACGUGGAAAGUUGGUGCAACGAAUAUUAGAAGCACACACAAAUGUUAAAGAUUUACCAUUAGUUGAAGCGAAAUUGAAUUUUAUACGAGCAUGGCAAUCAUUACCUGAAUAUGGUAUAUCAUUGUUUAUUGUCAAAUUUAUGGGCCAUAAAAAGGAAGAAUUAUUGGGUGUUGCACAUAAUCGUAUUAUGAAAAUGGAUAUUAAUAGUGGUGAUCAUUUGAAAACAUGGCGGUAUAAUACCAUGAAGGCAUGGAAUGUAAAUUGGGAAGUAAAGCAUAUGAUGGUUCAAUUCGAAGAAGACAACAUCAUAUUCAGUUGUUUAUCCGCCGAUUGUAAAGUGAUUCAUGAAUUUAUUGGCGGUUAUAUAUUCUUAUCGAUGCGUUCAAAAGAUGCAAAUCAAACUCUAAACGAAGAACAGUUUCAUAAAUUAACUGGUGGAUGGAUGUAAAAAAAAAAGAUCGUUCGUUCUCCCUUCUUUCCCUCUUACACCAGCUAGGUUACGGUUCCCCCCCUUUUUUUUAUCCCAAUUUACCAAUUUUACCUUAAUCAUUUUUGUAUAUAUAUAUAUAAUAAUUAAGGGAGAACGUGUACGGACGUGUUGGUGGAUUCAAGAAGUUUUUGUAUAUAUGUCGAACUGCCUUAGCUUUUAAGCUUUUUAUAACUUCUUCAAGAAUUAUCGUCGAAUUCAUCGGCGCAAGUUUUAUUCAAAAACCAUUGUGAAUAAUUUUUGUUUUUUGCUCCAAGACAGAUUUUUUUUUCUUAGGCGAUGAGGAAAAUUCGUGGAGCCGUUAUCGUGGAACAUCUAGCCUAAAAGAAAUAGAGGUAUUUCGCAACUUGUUCAUGAUUUUUUAAAAACGUAAGCGAAGUUGAGUUCAAGUAAAGUUUGUCCCAAAAUAAACGUUUAUUAAAAUUUGUAAUUUUUAGGUUUAGGGUUUUUUAGGGGACCUAAAUUCAACAAUACCCCAUAUUUUAGUUCGGGAUUCGUUCCAUUUUUUAUUUAUUUUUUGCUUAAUUUCUCACUUUUUUGUGCUAAAAUUGAAAUUUAAACAUUCAGGGUAUUUUUUUAUCGCUGAUAACGAAUCCGGAGUCAAAAUUCAACAAUACCCCACACUCCAGUAGGAGAUUUGUUCCAUUUUUGGCUAAAAAAACUCACUUUUUUGGGAUAAUUAUGAAAUUUAAACAUUUUUCUACGAAAUUUUUUACUCAGGGUGUUUUUUUUAUCUUGAAUCACGAAUCCAGGGUCUAAAUUCAACAAAACCUCACACUCUAGUUCGGUAUUCGUCCUAUUUUUAGCUAAAAAACUCACUUUUUAAAAAACCCUAAACUUUAUGCGGUUACACGGUCUUUGUUUUUUUUGUUAAGCUUGCGUUAAUUCUGGGAUGGUCCUAACUCGACCUAACCAAACAAUAGUUAUAAAUAUUUUUGGAAAUAAUAAAUAUUUACACGUCGAAAAGAAUUUUUCAUGUGAAAAGUUGUGAAAAAUAGUAUUUUUUGAAAAUAUUGUAUUUAAUAUUAAAUUUUAUAAGAUUAGGAUGAUAGCCCUGGAGCCCGUCACAGUAAAACUGCACGUACACGAAUAUCGAAAGUUCGCAUAUGAA